AUGGAUUCAACACCAUCAAAACGCCACAAACCUCCAACUAUCCCAGAAACCCCGACCGCCGCCGCCGCCGCCGCCGUUAAAGAGGACAGAAUCAGCAAUUUGCCCGACUCUAUCCUCUGCCACAUCCUCUCAAAACUCCCCACCAAAACCGCCAUCGCCACCGCCGUCCUCUCAUCCAAAUGGAAACCCCUCUUCGCUUCCAUCGUCAACCUCUCUCUCGUCAUCGACGACACUGCUCCGAACAAGCCCCAACCCAAUCCCAAUUUCGUCAAUUUCAUGUACCACUUGUUAACCGUCACUCUUCGUGACGUGACCUGUAUUGAAAAAUUCGUCCUCCACUGCAAUCACGACUACGGAAAUUCCCAUAUCGACGCCUGGAUUUCUACCGUUUUAGGGCUUAAAGUUUCUUCUUUAACUCUUUUCUUCCAUGUGGAGAACACUGGUGUGUCAAUUGAGAGUCUUUUCCAGUGUGAAACCCUAGAGGACUUGUUAUGGUGUCAGCAUUUUUAUGCUGAGGUUCCGGAUACGAUUUUUUUGCCGAAUCUUACGCGAUUGUAUCUUGCCUUUGUGAAAUUUCCCGACUCAGAGUCGUUUGACAUCGUUAUUUCUGGCUGCCCUGUGCUUGAACGGUUGUCUUUAGACAAUUGCAAAUUCAAAGAAACGUACUUUCUUUUUAUCCGUUCGCCUUCGGCCCUUCGCUUAAGUUUCUGA